AUGACAACUAUUACAACAAAUAAAUGGAGUUGGGAUAAUUUGAUAAAAAAUGUUCUGUGUCUCACACAUCCGGGUAAGUCUUGGACACCUGACAUAUCCAUGACAUGGACUCAACGUUUUUUCACCCAAGUGCUAACCUAUGGAGAGAUACCAAAACAUGUAGCGUUGAUUAUGGACGGAAGUUAUGGUGAGAACAAUAAUUGUAUUUCUGCGCAAGAAAGCUAUGCAAAAGGGUUUGACAAAUUAGUUGAAACAUUACAAUGGUGCUUACAUUUUGAUAUAAAAGAAGUUACCGUGUACGCAUUCAGUUUAUAUGACUUUAAGCGAACCCAAGAAGAAAUCGAUGCAUUGUUUGAGGAAGUAAAAACAUUUUUAGAAGAAAGAGAUACGUUGAAUGAGCUAGGUGUAUGUAUUAAUUUUUUUGGUAACAUCAAAAAAUUACCAGAUGAUUUGGUUAAAUUAUUCUCAAAAUCAAUGAUCAUAACAAAACAAAACAAUAAGAUAUCAUUAAAUGUUGCAUUUUCUUAUACUGGAAACGAUGAAUUAACAAAUGCAUUCAACCAAAUAUCUCAUGGUAUUAAAAAUAAUGAUUUGGAGGAAUCAGAUUUAUCAGUUGAAAUAUUGGAUAAUUGUAUGUACACCUAUCCGUCCCCACCACCUGAUUUAUUAAUACGCACAUCUGGUGAGACUAGACUGAGUGAUUUCAUGUUAUGGCAGUGUUCUUACAGCUACAUUUAUUUUACACCAGUCUUAUGGCCAGAAUUUACUGCGUGGGACUUUAUGAUUGCUAUUUUCAUGUACCAAAGAAAUGUUAGAGCAUUUAUGCGUUAUAAAUUACCAACUAAAAGAUUGAGUUCAAGAGCUGAACAAUUUGUUGAAAAUGUACAGCAGAACCGGUUAAAUAGUCUUUAUACAAUUGCGUGA